CAGGACGACAAUAACCCUUUUGGCCUAAGUGAACUUCAGGAUGGCCAUAUAUAUAUACAUGUUAAUAUGUAAAGUCACAGACUAAGUGCAACAAGCACACAAUGUAUAUAUCAGUUAUAAGGAUGAACGCAAUAUCAAACAGUAGAUGAUUUUGUUACAUAUUUUAUAGCCCAAAGGACAUAUCACAGAUGUUGUGGAAACGGAUCACAGAUGUUGUUGAGUCUUAUGAUGAUGGACGACUUAACAUUCUACUCAUUCGGGACGUGUCUCGCGGCAAUCACAUUCAUAGCUGUGCAGGAUUUCAUUGGCCCCUUCUUUUCUUCGCUGGUAUGCCCGAAAUAUGAAACACUGCCGCGACAAGUAAGAUUAGAAUGGGACGGAAAAGUGUGUUCAACCGUCCACGCCAUCUAUAUGGCUACCAGCGCCACCAUCAUUACCCUGACCGAGCCAGAUUCAUUCUUCAAUAGCUUCAGGGACGAAUCGUUCAUCAUGAAAAUUGUCUAUGCAGUCAUAGUUGGGUACGAAAUAGCAGAUCUGCGCCAUAUGGUCGUGAAAAAAACCUUUGAAACACCCUAUGUCAUCCAUCAUUCCUCAGUCAUAGUGUGCGGUUUCUACUGUAUGUUCAUCAAUUCAACUGUUGAUUAUUACCUGUAUCUCCGCCUGCUGUCGGAAUAUGCAGUGCCUUUUGUCAACCUAAGAUGGAUCCUCCGUUAUCCACUUGACUACCCAAUUUACUCAAAACUCUACAUCGGCAAUGGAGUUAUAAUACUUUUAACGUACACCUUCUUUAGGGUUGGCAUUAUACCAUUUUACUACUAUAAAGUUUAUGAAGGUGCUUCUACGGCGGUGCUACCGCAUGUAUGUGGAGCGGUGAUGGACAUGUUGAACAUCUGGUGGUACUCGAAGGUUCUGGCCGCGUUCAGAAGAGGAUUAUUUGGGGACAGGAAAAGCAAUGAAGUACAUGUAGAAGGCAAUGAGAUCAAAAAGGGAAAACGGGACUAAAUGGUGGUUACUUGUACGAAGGAACCACUGUUGGAAAAGGAUCGCCACCACAUUUAGUUUGACAGCGGGAAUCAAGAUUGGGACUGGGCUGUGCAAGCUUCCGACACAACCUACCGGCGGUAUCUUGUCAGCAGUAUACGAGUCGCGCGUACAAUAUAUCUCGUAACUGAACUAAUUCCAAAUCCUCGGCAAGGAUUCUACUGCAGAAGUUUUAAUGAAUCAUUAACAAUACAGUGUAUAAGCUUCACUCACCACCACCCUUGUGUGAACUUUUGAUAAACAUCUUUCAUCAUUUCAUUUCAUUUAAUUUGUUCCGACUUUUGUUAUCAUACGUUUCAGAUAAAAUGUUGCCAAAAGGCAGAUAAACUUACUGAUGUAAAGUUUAAAGAUAGAACGACAAUUUCUUAACCGAUACGCCAUUUAUUCCAACACACAUACAAACAUAACUACGGUAUAUAGAAAGACUGAACACACGAAUAACGGACUGACACGCGGUCCUUGAUAAUUGACACUUUAAAUGUCAUCUACCUGUUAUUAGUGAUAUGUCAAUAACAUAUAGGACAUUAUAAAACUCUACUGUGCAUGCUGAAUGACUGAAAAACGCAAUGUACGUGUACGUUUUAGGCAGGACUGGUUUUCAAAAGCAGGAUUAGGGGAAAUUCCAAUGCGCUAUCGAAUAUCGUUCUACGACAAAAGCCAGACAAUUCUUUUAAAGAACAUUGUCAUACACGUUUUGUCACAUUUUGACGAUUUCUUCAGCUUUCAAGUUAAUUCUGAAGAAUGUUACGAAGUAUCACAUCUUCUUCUGAUUGCUACUGUGUAAA